AUGUCUGGUAAUCUGAAAGAUCUCAAGUCGCAGCUGUGGCAAAUCCGAAGUACGUUUGACGGUGCAAAGCAGUUCAUUCAGAAAUUCAAGCGAGAGAAGCAUGAAGCGCAAAUAGAAACCUGGCUGGAGAUGCUGGAAGCCGCAAUGAAAAAACUAUACACUGUCCGUAGGAAGAUGGACGUUUUGUUGGAAGAGGCGGAUGAAAAAGAGCUUUCGGACUCGAAAGAAGCUCCGGAAAAUCGGGAAGCUCGACUGACAAUGCUCGCUGAAAAGCGAGAGGCUGAAAGUGCUUCUAUCAUACUGCAAACAGAAGACACUUAUUGCGAAUUAAAAGGAUCAUUGCAACUUCUCUUGGGUCAACCUACGAAAAACGCAGCUAAUCAAGAGGCUUCAGCAUCGGAGCAAGCAGUUAAAAGCGCCUUUUCAAGAGUUAAAUUGCCUGAGAUCAAACUGCCAACAUUUGGAGGUCGCAUUCGUGAAUGGGUGACGUUUCGUGACAUGUUUUUAAGCCUCAUUCACCGAAACGUGCAGCUGAAUGAAAUAGAUAAGUUUACCUACCUUCGAUCAUCUCUUGUAGGCGAAGCAUUGCAAGAAAUCGGAACCAUUGAGAUCUCAGCUGCGAAUUACAAAAUUGCCUGGGAUCUUCUGCAAAAACGCUUUGAGAAUAAAAAACUCAUUGUCGAGGCCCAUUUGGACGCGCUCUUUGCUGUAGAGCCAAUGAAGAGGGAAGGUCACGAUGCUCUAAACCAUCUCAUCAGUGAAUAUGAUCGAAAUUUGCAAAUGCUCGAAAAGGUAGGCGAAGACGUUUCCAGCUGGAGUACGAUUCUCGUUCACAUGGUAUGCUGUCGAUUAGAUUUAACAACGUUACGAAAUUGGGAGUCUAAUCACAGCUCUAAGGAGGUUCCGACUUACAAGGAACUAAUAGAGUUCCUUCGCAAUCAUUGUGGGGUUUUGCAGUCAAUUGUCCCUGCAACCGCCCAACUCGAGGCACGACGACCUAGAAACACCGUUAGUCAUGUACAAACUUCUACACAAUCGUCUGGUCGCUGUCCAUUUUGUGGAGAUACUAUGCACUCGGCUUACAGGUGUCAACGUUUUCUGAAAAUGAAAGUAGCUGAGCGGUACGACAAGGUGAAGCGUUGCGGUUUAUGUUUGAAUUGUUUUUCAUCAUCCCAUUUGGUUCGGUUCUACACAAAGGGUUUCUGUCAUCACUGCAAGCAGAAACAUCACACGCUCCUGCAUAGCGGAGCACGAAGCGGCGAUGCAGCAUCAUCGUCGCGAAAUGGUUCCAUCGUCACUAACGCGCAGAACAGACCACCAACCACGAACACUUCACAGACACACUCACAGAACCAGACCACAUCUAGCAACACAACAACACCCUCUACGAACUCACUCCCAAUCGCAAACACAAACAUGCAAUUUGAGAAUCAUUCACCACCCACCACACAUCGUACAUCAAUAAACAAUGCUAAUGCCUUCCCCGCAAAUAUAUACACUCCAUCCCGUCAAGUUUUAUUAUCUACUGCCGUAGUACAAGUAGUAGAUUCAUACGGCAACGCUCAAUUUGCAAGAGCUCUUUUGGACUCCGGUUCGGAAUACUGUUUCAUAACCACGAACCUAUAUCAAAAGCUUAAGUUGGCAGCGACAGCCAGCUUCCUGUCAGUCGCAGAAAUAGGAGGUUCCGUGGUUAAUUCGACGAAGGUAGUAGAAGCUUUAAUUGUCCCACGAUCACCGCAUAUCUCGACGUACAGCGAAACCGUUAAGUUGCAUGUUCUUCCGAAACUUACCUCUGUACUCCCGAUGCAACCGGUCAACAUUCAGACCCUGGCGAUUCCGACCAACGUCACUCUCGCUGAUCCUCGUUUCUAUGAACCUGGUCCGAUCGACAUGAUCAUUGGGGCAGAGUGUUAUUACGAUUUACUGAUUGAUGGGAAAAUCAAACUAUCUCAAGAUGGACCCACUUUACAGCAGACAGUAUUCGGCUGGAUCGUAUCUGGUCGCGUUCCUGGUCGUCACGUUGAAGAUACAAGAACCGUCUCCCAUGCUUGUGCCACUGCAGACAUUCGUGAUCUUCUAGCAAAAUUCUGGGAAUUAGAGUCAUGCCAUAGCAAGAGUAUAUUUUCAGUAGAGGAGUCGACAUGCGAAGAUCUGUUUCAUCGAACUACGACACGUGAUCCAGAGGGCAGAUAUGUGGUUACUCUUCCAAAAAAGCAGUAUGUGCUGAGGCAACUAGGCGAAUCCAAAUCCAUCGCAACGAAGCGAUUCCUUGGACUGGAAAGACGAUUCCAGUUAAAUCCAGAACUAAAAGUGCAGUAUCAGGACUUCAGGACUUCAUAG